AUGACUCGAACAACUCUAUCAGAAUUAUCAGAAGAUGAUCAAAAAUUGGUGCAACAAGCUAGAGAUAUUAUGGCAAAUGCUUAUUGGUAUGUUUGAUGUUUGGAGGCUAUUUUUCCUAAAUCUCACUAUUCGAUAAAUUUCUAAAUUAAUCAUUUUUUUAGCCAAUACAGCAAAUUCAAAGUUGGUGCAGCUCUUUUGUGUAAAAAUGGUGAAGUAAUUGUUGGUGCAAAUCACGAAAAUGCCUCUUAUGGUGCAACUAUUUGCGCAGAGAGAAGUGCAUUUGCGAAUGCACUCACUAAGGGUCACCGUGAAUUCACAGCAAUCGCUGUUUGUGAGUUUUAGAAAAUAUUUUCAGUUUUGGAUACGCAAAUAUUUUUUCAGCCACUGAGCUCGAAGAUCCUUGUUCACCAUGUGGAAUUUGUCGUCAAUUUCUCAUCGAGUUUGGAAAAUAUAAAGUGAGUAUUUCUGUCUAUAAUUUUCUAAAAUAAUGUCCGAACCUGAAAAAAACCCUUUUUCAUUUUCAGGUAAUCCUCAGUUCUUCCACAACUAAUGACAUUAUUUUGACUGAUACCUAUGAACUUUUGCCAUACGCAUUCACACCAAAAUCAUUGGACGAUCAUGAAAAUGAGCAAAAACAUCAUAAAUAA